AAAUUAACUCUUUGUUGCUCUUGAGCUUAUUUGAGUUUUGUUGCAGUGGCGUUUUAUUUUCACUUUCUAUGUGUUUAAGAUGACGCUUAAUAUCUGUCCAUAGAAGCCUGUAGAGGUAAUAGUGCACCACCAGGCAGCGCCACUGGGAGUAUGGAUGCUCUCCCUCUCUCCCCACUUCUGUUUUUUUUCACUCUUCUGACGUCAGCAACCUGCAAUUGAACGGACGCACUAACGAACGACCGAGCCCCUACCGGAGCUACCGGGAGGCAGUAACGUUACAGAGCGAGUAUCCCGCCGCCCGUCUCGGAGGAGCCAAACGGAGGAAAGGUCCACUGUGAGCCCGCCGUGAGAACCCCGUGCUGGAAUCAAACGAUGCGAGCGCUGCUCACCGCCGCCCAGUAACACACACUAACGCCGAGUGGAGAAGAAGAGAACCGUUACCGUGAUUUACCGACAGAACCCCAGAAGAGAGGACGGAGGACGGACGGACAGACCGCCACCGAGACCACGCUUGAGAAACAAACAACUGCGGUGGCUACAUCGAGUUGUGUUCGCGCUGUGGAUCAAACCCGAGUGGAUCCUUGAUUUAAAUGCUUUAACGGUGCCGUUACCCCCGGCUCGAGAGCGCGAGAGAGGGAGCUGCCCAGAGAGAAAGCCAGAGAGGGAUCACAGAGGGAUCGAAGGCUCAGCACAAAAAAGGAGGAAAUAAACCAAGAAGGGAGGAUUUGCAACCAGCUUUGUUUCCACGCACAAGUUUCAUUGAAUCCACCCUUUUUAUUGCCGUUUUUUCUUCCGUGGAUCCCGGUAUCGGUAACGCUAUCAAGCUGUGUUCUCUAACCAUGGGAUGUACUCUGAGCGCAGAGGAGAGGGCGGCUCUGGACCGGAGCAAAGCCAUCGAGAAAAACCUCAAGGAGGACGGUCUGACCGCGGCCAAAGAUGUUAAACUGCUGCUGCUCGGGGCUGGAGAGUCAGGGAAAAGCACCAUCGUCAAACAGAUGAAGAUCAUCCAUGAGGACGGUUUCUCUGGCGACGACGUAAAGCAGUACAAGCCUGUUGUUUACAGCAACACCAUCCAAUCUCUGGCUGCCAUCGUCCGUGCCAUGGAUACACUGGGCCUGGAGUAUGGAGACAAAGAACGGAAGGCGGAUGCUAAGAUGGUGUGCGAUGUGGUCAGUCGUAUGGAAGACACAGAGCCUUACUCUGCCGAGUUGCUGUCCGCCAUGAUGCGCCUGUGGUCCGACUCAGGCAUCCAGGAGUGUUUCAGCCGCGCCCGCGAGUACCAGCUCAACGAUUCAGCGCAGUACUACCUAGACAGCCUAGAUCGGAUUGGUGCGGCAGACUACCAGCCCACAGAGCAGGACAUCCUGAGGACCCGAGUGAAGACCACAGGCAUCGUCGAGACACACUUUACCUUCAAAAACCUUCACUUCAGGCUGUUUGAUGUGGGAGGUCAGCGGUCGGAGAGGAAGAAGUGGAUCCACUGUUUUGAGGAUGUCACAGCUAUCAUUUUCUGUGUGGCGCUCAGCGGUUACGACCAGGUGCUGCACGAGGACGAGACCACGAACCGCAUGCACGAGUCUCUGAAGCUGUUUGAUUCCAUCUGUAACAACAAGUGGUUUAAGGACACCUCCAUCAUCCUCUUUCUGAACAAGAAGGACCUCUUUGAAAGCAAGAUUGUCAAGUCACCACUGUCCAUCUGCUUCCCUGAGUACACUGGUCCAGACACUUACUUAGAGGGAAUAGACUACAUCAAGGGUCAAUAUGAGACUAAGAACAAGUCACCCAGCAAAGAGGUUUACUCCCAUGUGACCUGCGCUACAGACACCAACAACAUCCAGUUUGUCUUUGAUGCUGUCACUGAUGUCAUCAUAGCAAAUAAUCUGCGGGGGUGUGGCCUAUACUGAUGAUGCUGUUAAAUGUUAGCCAACGGAUGGAGGAUGUUUGACUUGUGUUUAACUAUACGGUACUAGUUAGGAUAUGUGGCCUUUAUCACUGAUGUCAUCAUAUGAUAGCCUGUCAAAUAAGAGGUAUGGGCUGUGUUUGUGAUGUCACCAUACUGCUUUACCGUAAGGCUAGCCAUUGGUCCAACUUGACUCUUAAUUAAUGAAUUAAUUGGUUGUGUGGUUUAUUGGUGGGCUGAGACUACUUUUAAUGUAUUCUUUUACUUCCUGCUUAAGAAGAACCAAAUCCCAGUAACUUUGUGCCUUUAAUUGUACCAAAACUCUACAUCUUUUGUCGGUGUGCUGCAGAAAUCAUGCGCAAUACCUGCAGUGGACCCUUCUGGGAUACAAGGCUCCUGAGAUUUGUUUGUACAUACAGUAGUGCCGUACUCAAAGAACUAAACUGAUUGAUAAGUAACUGCGGGGGGGUUCAACAGUACUCCAAAAAACUGGUAUAAUGGGACUCAUUUGUUUACCCCAAAGUGUUUUUAAUCACUGUAGUUUGAAUUUGAGAUGUCACUCUUCUUUGCUUUAGACUUAUGCCUUAGUUACAUGAGGGGCAGUACGUUGUUUAAAUACAGGGUCAUGUUCAGUUCACUCUAAGUUUACGUCAGAAAGAUGUUCUCCAGAUUUUAUGUGCAUGAGAUAUUAAAACUGUUGACAAGAUUAUGACCAAAUGUUAAGUCAUUAGAAAAAAACAACUUCUUUUUGUAUAUAUUUUUCCAAAAAAGCUUUUCUGCACACCUCCCUUGUUAUUCUGCAUGCUGAGUAAUAUGUUUUGUUUUCUGAUGACAGUCUCUGAUGUAUGCAAUGUGCUGGGUAGUGUCUCACUAGUGCUUUGUUGCACUAAACUGUGCUCUUUUAAAGGUAGACUAUGCAGGAAUUGUCGGCUAAUAUUGUAAAUGGUAUUGCUAGGGAAAGUGAAAGUGAGAGCCAAGUCCAGAGUCCCUCUUGUUUGCUACAUUUACGUUUUUGGCAUCCACAAUUUUCAUAGCUUCCUCUCAGAUGUAUGCUGCUUACAGUCUUGCACCUGGUGGCCUCCUUUUUAUUAAGUCCUGACCUCACUGCGCGCUGUGCCCAGGAAUGUCCAGACCAAAUGAGAAGAAAAUUCAGGCAGAGGGCAGAGUCUCUGCAGAUAAAUACUCCACCACACAAUUCUAGUGGGUCAAAGUGAUGAUUGAAGAUUACUUCUGUUUGAGUUUAUACUUUGUUUUUUAGGAAAAUCAUGUAUAGUAUACUUUUAAUUAUGGAGCUGCAAAAUAAUCAAUAUUUAAUCAGUGGGACAUUAUGAUUAAGUCAUCAUAUGCAUAAAUACAGAGAAAAGGAUGAAGCAGUCAUUGUGAAAUUGUUCAACGAAGUCAAACCUAACUUAUUGUCAAGUUUAUAAUAAUUUCACAGUGAUAUUUUCCUUUUUGCUUCAUAGCAGUGGCUGAGCCUCCACCAUAUGAUGUGAGAGAGGGCAGGGGAAUAGUAGCAGUCACACAAUCAUUAAAAACAUGUUAUGCUGUUAAAAAAGAGAGAUUUAAAAAAGUGAUGAAAUAACAUUUCAGUAUAAAAAGUUUGAAAUAUUUAUUGAAUAAGUUUACAUUGAAUUUUUCGUAUUUUAUCCUAGUCAUAUGUUUCUCAUCUAGUCAUAAUAAUGUGUCACGUUAUAAUGUCUUAUUCACUGGUUUAAUACUGCUCAUUUUGUAGUUCCAUUCUGAACAGUGUGACGCCUUGCUUAACAUAAGGAUUUAAGAAGUAGGACCAAUUAAUAACACAGUGCUCGUUCAUCUUGUCCUGCCCUCCUCUGGCCUCAAAGAAACACACGGUCUCACAACAGCCUGAGGUCAGCUUCCCUUCAGCAAAGCCUCGCUCACUGAAAACCUGUGUGAGGUUGAAGAUUAUCAGAGUGGACUGCUCCCGGUAUUAAAUGUAAUUAGACCAAAGGUGAUUCCACUCAUUAAAUACAUGUCACAUGUUCUUCGGUCAUUCUUAAGUCACAUUUCUCUUUAUUUUACUGUAUUUUCAAUUGAUGGCACUUAGGUUGCCAUUAGUUCAGAUUUUAAAGGCCCAGUAGGAUUUGAACAUCUCUGACAUUAACAACUCCCACUGGUGCUAUCAUAAGGACGCUGUGGUAACAGCCCCAAUGAAUGAUUGCAGCAGUUUUGAUGAUAAUGGUCUCAUUUUUCUUCAAAAAGAUUCAGAUAAUUUGAAAGAUGCUAUCAUCACAGCAUCACAUACACAUUGGGCUUUAAAGGGGAAUGCCACCUAAAUUCAGAAUUCCAUUAUGUUAUUACCAUGUCCUUGGAAAAUUCAACCAGUAUUUGUGUCAAUGAGCACUUCUCUUUUAGAGCCAAAAACCAAAGAAGUAAGUCUCAAACUUAGGAUGUAAUCGGGUAUAAAGUCUGGAGCUGCUCCAUAGACAAUGAAUGGGAUUUUGUGGACCCAUGUUUGUAUUCUUUUUUAUACCCAUAUGAGCUUUAUUCUAUUGUAGUGUUUUCAGGUCUAAAACAGAAAAUGUACCCAUAUACUUAAAACAUUCCCUUGGCUGCCCUCAGUGUCAUCUGGAACAUCUUUCACCUUCCCCUGUCAAUAGAGCAGCUACACACUUUAUACCCUAUGACAUUACACAUUUGAGUUUGAGCACUCUAGCCUCUUUGUUUGGGAGAGAGUUGUUCAUGUUUACUUAUGUCUGGACUGUGUAAGACCAAAGGAAUAUCAUGUGUGGAUUUUAAAAUGGAUGUAGUUCCCCUUUGAGAAGAAAGUAAAAAAAAAAAGAAAGAAAUUAGAAAAAAGUGAUUUAUUUUCUAUUUGGUGGUGUCAUUUGACACAGCACAGACAGUUUAGUAAUGUUGUUAAAAACCACGGAGCAUUAGUCAUGGUUUGAGCAAUGGUUGUUAUCAUUUUGUUGAAAACUACCCAGCAGGGGUUCAUACAGCAGCAGUGAGAUUGUGUGUUUCUAUGUUGCAGAGGAACAGUGUUAUUAGUGUUUUGGCCUUGGGUGCAUUUCAUUUGGGAAUACAUUUGUUUUGGUCCCUGUAGAAGGAUAUAAUUGAAAAUGCACCUCUGAUCUAAGAUAAAAGAGACCAGCAGUAUAGUUUAUUUAUUUCCCCUUUAUCUUAAAUGUAAAUUCAUAUUUAAAUUUAUAGGAAAGAAGUUGCUAUUUUUUCCAGCCAUCAUUCUUCAUCCCUGUUGAUGUCACCUCUGGUCAUAUUUUAGGAUUGAUUUUCCCGGCUCUCAUGUUGCAGCAUUCAUGGGUCUACUAUAAAAUCACUUUAAAUGAAGAGCUUCAAGAGUUAUCGUUCUGACUCACCCAGACUAUUCCCAGAUAAUGCUUCAGAGGAGGCAUUGAUUUUAUAGGGCCCUGGGGCCCAAUCCAAAGUGGGGCUGCACAGUGUAAUAUCCCUACUGUCCACCUCUCUGCCUUAAUAAGCCAGAGGUGAGCUCAGAAAUACUGUGUGCUGGUGAGUACAUAUAGUCCUCUGGGACUACAAUGUCAACCUUGUGACUAUUGUUUUCGCCCCGAUGUUACGCUUUCCGCUGAGUGAGUUCCAUUUCUGCUGGAUGGUAGUCGUCCCAGAGCUGCUGUAGGAUUAAGGUUUGAUGUGGUGCAUGGCUUAGUUGAAAUGACAAAGUGGAAAGUGUGCAAUUUGUGGGAACGGUUCAAAUUUGAGCCCCUGACAUUAAAGCCAGAGUGUUGCAUAUAAUACCAGGAAACACCAUCAGCUCCUCCCUUCUGUCUUUGUAAGCAACAGUUUACAGCAGCAUAUAGAAACAGAGCUUUGUUUGUCUGUGGGACUGAGCUGAGUGUGUGUGCAGCUUUACUGCUAUGAGUGCUCUCUGGCAAACAGAGGUAGAGAGCUUCUUUAUUUAUUUAUGAGCUGGGCAUUUGCUUCGUUCCACUCUUCCCUUCCACACUCAAACAGCGAGGGCACGUCUCCACCCACUGCUCACAGCUGCAAUUUUUUUUAGACAGGUAAAUGAUGUCAUCGGCUCUUCCUACCACAUCUGUGCCAACUUUUCCUAAUUAGAGAGCUGCCUGAGGCUGUUGAUCAGCCUGUGUGUGUGUGUGUGUGUGUGUGUGUGUGUGUUUGUGUGUGUGAGACAACAUCAGCCCAUGGGGGGUUGUGGGGGAGUCAGUAUCUGUGGAUUAAUUACCCAGAAGGCACCUGUCUACCCUUUACACACACACACACACACACACACACAAACACACAGAAGACACAAACACACCCAUGGGAUGUCAAAAUGUCACCUCACUUGCCCAUGCCAAAUAAAACCACCAUUUUCAACCAGAGAGCCUCAGAUGUUUUUUGGUUCUGUUGCCAAACAUGAAGUCUGCUGUUAUGCAUGUUGGUCUUUAGGUUAAUUUUGCUGCUCUUUGGUUAACUGGACUGCACAGGUCUGGUAGGAGUUAGCUAGCAGCAGCACUUAUUCGACAGUACCGCUAGUAACACCACCCCAACCCAACAGCGUUGCAUUGAAAACAUUGUGCCCACCCUCCUGUACCCCUCAGGUUACUCUAAAAUUUUGAGCCGCAAAGUAUUGUUAACUAUGUUAUAGGGCUGGGCGAUAAAUCGAUUUUAUCGAUUAAUUCGAAUUUGUAGUUUAGGUCGAUUUGUUUUAAUGAAAAUCGAGUUUCUCUUUAAAAUCCGCCACCGCCACUCCCCGCUGGGCUCCCGUACUUCAGAGUGGGCUCACCCCUCACCCCCACGCGCUUAAUACACAAACAACAUGGCAGCGAGCGGGGAAGAACUCGUUCUCAAGAAAGGGAACGCGCUUUUGUGUGCUCACCUGUGUCUGUGUGCUCACGUGUGUGUGUGUGUGUGUGUGUGUAUGUGCGCAUCAAGGCCGAACUCCGCCGUGCGCGACACAGAGAGCAGAGGAGGAUUUUAGACGCGCACCGUGUAGGGACAGAAAUGACAUGCCGUUGUGUAAAUAUGAUAAAUAAGUGUUAACAAUGCCAAGCUGGCAGACCCCCGAACCGUAGUAAAGGGACCUCCGAAGACCAUUAGCUCCUUUAGCUUGUGUUAGCUCGUUGUGGCAACAACACAUAAACAACGGGACUUCGUCUGCGUUAAAGAACGGCACUUUAUUUUCAGCACUGCAGGGAUGAUGCACAGCCUCUCUCAUCAGUGUCUGACUUUUACAUAGAGGGAAAUAACUCAAAAACAGCAUGCAGAACUGCGUAGGCUUCUUCACUGUGGCUGCUCGAUGUAAACAACAUAGCACAUGCCUCACUUUCUUCCUGGGGCGCAUCCGUCUGACGUCACACACCACACCCGGCGCACUAACGUCUCAUACCUCCUACAUCAACUACACACACACACACACACACACAUACACACAAGCCACACACAUCAGGCUCAGCCUGUAACAUAAGGCUAUUUAGUUUGUUUAAUAAAAGGACAAGGUAUAGACCUGUUCUAUAGGAAACGGCCACUAUGUUUCCACAUGUUAACGUGACUAACUGACUCUGGCUAACUUUGUCAGACAUUUACAUCACAAAACAAGAAAAUACCACCACUUGGUUAAUCUCACAUAGUCAGGAGAGUAAAGGGAAAGGUCUCCUGAUGUAUUUCCCUUAAGUUUGCUUUUUUUUUUUUUUUUUCCUAUUAAAAAUUAACCGUUUAGUUACCGGUAAAUGGUUGUUGGGCUGUCAAAAGCCAAAUCAACCAAAACUGACAUUCCUAGCCCUAAAAUGGUGUCAAAAUAUGUCCACAUCAAAGAUUUUUUUAAUUAACUUUUUUACUUCACUUCCAACGUCUGUCUGUGGUUAAACUGUGCAUAGAAAAACAGUUUUGUAAUUUCCAUAAAGCCAGACAACACUGACGAACAAAUAAACAUUGACAUGCUUAGCAUCUGUGCUAAAUGCUUAGAUUUGGGGGUUAUUUUAAAUGCACAAGACAGCAAAGAUGAAACAAACUAUUCUCAUCAUUUAACAUUUGCACUGAAAUAGAACCGUGCCCUCACUCAGUAACAUUACAGGAUCUUUCCAUCUGCCUGAAUGCCCUGUCACUGUAAAUGUGUGUUUAAUCCAGCAUUUGUUGAAUGAAUAUUUUUGUUGACCAACAUCCUCACUUAAUGCAAGGCGGGGGGCUGUGGAGACACCCCUUGCCUAAUUUGUAAUUUUUUUUUUAUUUUUUAUUUUUUGAUACAUUUAUGUCCCUGUUUUUAUGCCUGAAAGCCUAGAGAGCAGCCGGCAGUAGACAUGAGCUGCAGAACAAUGGGCUGUUGAAAUUUUCAUCCACACUAAGUUAGCAAGCUCCAAUUCACAUUCAGCUGAAAGGACAUGCCUACAUUUGUAUUUGCCCUCAGGGUGGCAAUGGCAAUAUACUGUUCGAGUUUUGUCUUCCAACGUCUUUCAUGCCUGUGUUUUCCUCGGGCAGCACACAAAACAGGAUGUAUUCAUGUUUCUGUUGCACAGAGACUUCAGUGGCAUACCAGAUGCACUUAAAGGCCCAUAAUUGUGUUUUUACAUACAGUAUUGAAAUCACCUAAAUAUAACUUUGACAUGCAAAUAUUUGCGCAUCUUUACCCAGCCCCUGUGAGAGGGUCCACUGAUUCUCAUAAUUCCAUUGGAAUUCACUGAUUUUGCUGCAGAAUUUUGCCAUUUUAAAUGCUGGCUUAUUUUACCAGUAUACUGGCAACACAUUCUCACUCAUGACCUGCAAAUAUGGCGGCUUAAUCAGGGCCUCUGCACUUCAACUAUUACACCCUAAAUAACCGUCUAGCAUCACUUUUAAAUGCUCAGGGACAGCAUGUCAUCUUCCACUGGUUACAUUCAUAGUUUCUUUUCAAACUAGACUGACAUGUUCACAAAAAACAAAGGUUUUCAUUACCAAAUCUACUUUAGGUUUGGGCAACAAAACCACUUGGUUAGGUUUAGGAAAAAACAUCAUGGUCUGGGUUAAAAUAAGUAUAUUUGUCACAUAAAUUAACUAGGUUAGUGUUGAUGGGUAUGUCACAGAACAUGUGUCGUAUGUCACAUGAUGAACUACUUAACGCAGUUUAAAAAAACAUGUUUUACACGGGACACAGACGGCACUCUCGUGAGUGAAAGUCUUGUGUUUGUUUGACAGCCCAACACCCCUCCCUCCCACCCUAUACAGAUGCUCUCACUCUUCAUACUACAUCACUGCUGCAGAUGGGUUUAUGUUUGAGUUAGUCUCAUACUAACAUUAAAGGGUGCCUUGUGGGUUACUAGUUGACAGCAGGGGCUACUGAACAAGCUGCCACAUUUGACAUCCUGGGAAUGAGAAAGGCCUGAUAGAGGACAUAUACUGCAGUAAAUGGACCAAAACAUGCCUACUGUGCUAUUAGAAGUACACACAGCUACCAUUUCUUUAACAUGAGUUUUGGUAUAAAAAUGUGAAAUCAAAAUGGAGGAAAAUAGAGAGAAGUGUGAUUUAGGAAUCUAUCUGUGCUUCAUCCUUGAUAAACUGAACUCUCAUUUCGUUGAUGAGGGACAGACACAUGAUAUGAGAAUGCUGUAGUCCUGCAAGAGCCAAAAAAAAGAUUUCCUUUCAUUGUAUUUGUGCCUGAAACCUAAACCUCUCUCUCUAAUAGCUGGUUUAUAAGGGGAAGACAGAAUUGAUGCUUUCUCUGAGAGGAGCUAUGAGCAGAUCACGCUGUGUGUGUGUGUGUGUGUGUGUGUGUGUGUGUGUGUGUGUGUGUGUGUGUGUGUGCGCGCGCGCGUGCGCAAUGGCAUGUAUAUGUGUGUGUGUUUGUGCUUUCACAGCAAGUCGGUACGCCUGAUGAAUUAUCAACAACCAAUGAGAAAUUACAUCAGCAGGCCAAGCUGAGAGGAUAGUGGGUAGUGUAGUUUGUCCCAGCAAUAAAUAAUAGAUUCAUAGGCUGUAGUGAACGAGAGAUUUGUAGGUUAUGUAGAGGAGGUUUAUGGAUACAGUCUCUUUUUUUAGGUGGCUGGCUUUGGUGUAAUUAAUAAUACAGUCAGCAUUUCAUUCAGGUAGCAAAGGUCCUAGUUCAUCUGGGCAGCAGAUGGAGAUAUUAGCACCUUGUACCACUUAAAGCCUUAGCAACAAUCUCUGAUAUCCCACAAUGGCAGCCAAAUGUUUCUGACUGAACUUUGAUCCCAAAGUUUAGUGCCAAAUGUUUCUCAUGUAAGAGUUAAAUGAACUCCUGUAGUGUCUUUCUGCUGACUUAUUUAUGCUUCAGAUUUAAGUAGAGUAGAGUUUUGCCUGUAAAUGCUUUUAGGUCAUUAUAAUAUGUCCAAUUCAUAGAGUGUAUGUAAAGAUGGAUGACAUGACAGAUCCCCAAAAGUGAAGCCGCGACAUCUCAAUCGCCCCCUGGUGGCUGGCUGCAGUAUCAGUCAUAAUAAAGAUUGCCCUCAUUGUGUUAGUGGAGAGGACACAGGCCAAACUAAAAACUCAAAGUACACGUCAAAUACAUUUUUCUGUCAUUUAAGGUAGUUUUUAUCAUGCUGCUUUAUGUUCAAGUGUUUGUUUUUCGUAUAAGUUUGGUUUUAAUUAGUUAUUUGAUGCUAUAAAAAAGGAAUUUUACAACAUGAUUGACAACUGUGUGAGCCAGUUGGUGGGCUUGCAUUCAGUGGCGCUGCUUGCGAUUGGUUUGAUGGGUGUAUGCGUGGAAAACUUGUAAUUUUAGCUUCACCUCUGUACAGUGGGGAUAAGUGGAGAUGCAUCGUACAUCUUUAUAUACAGUCUGUGGUCCAGUUCUAAUUCCAUACAAUGAGCACAUAAGCCUCUGCAGAGCCAGGAAGAUCCUGCUCUAUUACUGGACUGGAAGAGGAUUCAGGCAGUUGCAUGGGACAUAUCAUAAUGAACUUGUGUAAUUAAGGAGGCAGACUGUGAGCUGGUAAAAGUCCUCGCGCUCAUCAUGCUAUUACCCAUCAUACCCUUACUGCUGCAGCUUUAUUAGCCUUCAUUUCUCUGACCCCUCUGUCAACCAACCAACACCUGUCUAUACUUUCCAUAUCACCUACAGCAAAAUCUGUGUGUGUGUGUGUGUGUGUGUGUGUGUGUGUGGUGUAUUUUACUGAGCACUGUAGGUAAAAUAUAUCUGCUGUAUCUCCCUCACUGCUGUGAUAAUUUAUUGAAAGUUGUAUUUAUACAGAAGAGAAAUGACAAUAAAGCAUCACAUGAGUAACUUGAUAUGUGUGUAUUUUUUCCUGACCUAAUUAUUUUGUGUCUGCCUUGUGUCUAUUUGCAUUUCCAGGAUAUUUAAGUGGAAAUACUGAGGAUGUUUGUUGAUGUUUUCUUCUUCCCUCUCACUUUCUUUGUUUUACUAACUAUGAUUAUUUGUUGGAAAUGUUGAAAAGAAUUUCCUGAACAGGCCCACUUUAGAGACUAACACUGCUACUGUUUCUUGUUGUUCAUGUGUGGGUGAGACAAUGAAACCACUCCGGUUGGUGUCUGUGUCUGACUGAUUAAUAUGCAUGCAGAAUGUUGCACUUAG